GCCGUUCUUCCAUCUCUAAAGAUGUCAUCCUGAUUUGACGUUUCGCUCGCGGUGUCCGCUGAUUUUAUUACACAUUGUGGAAAAUCGGGUUCCACUGGAUAACAUCUCCACGAACAGUAAUUACCAGUGUAAAAAUGUUAGGAUUGCAGCGCAUUGCUGGUGGUGUGGCCGCACAACUGCUUCGACAUAUGCAUUACGUAGCAUACAGCACAAGCGUGCGAGAAGCCGGAGUCGCUGCGGCCGCGGUGGCAACACCAAAGCAUGGUAACAUUUCCACACCAACAUCUGAGGAAAAGGUGGUGAGUGCAUCCGACAAUGAUACGCCAGAUGUUAACACAAAUAAAAUACAAAAAAGCUCCUUAGUGGCUGCAGCUUUUGAAUCACUCAAAGAGGAUACAAGUACCACUGACGCAAGCGCAGGUGGUGCAAGCGCUAAUGGAAAACCAAAAGUUUCAGAGUCGAAAGGAAGCAACAACUUGGAUAAUCGAAUCCUCAAAGCAAAGACGGUAAAUGGACUGCUGUCGGUUUCCGAGUCGAAUGGACCACUUUCACGUAAGCAUGCUCUGAAGAUUGUUUCCAUAUUAGCAGAGUGGAGCUCAAUGAAUCGUGCUAAAAUUGCCGAAUUUGAAAAUGAUGCACGUUUUCUGCGAAUUUGUCGGGUGUUGGGUCGCACUGUGCCCAAGGGUAGCAGUGGAGGAGGUCCGCCCGUAGGCGAAAAUAAUGCAUCUAAACGCAUAUCCGGAUUUCGUACUGAUGAUCUUAACACAGUUUUAGGAGUAGCAGGAGAUGAUGAGGCUGCCAAGUUGAUCGCUAGCAUAAGUUUGCCACAAAUGGUUAAAGUGAUGAGUACAUUGGCGCAGCGCAAGCGACGAAGCACUCCGCUUCUGCGUUCUCUUGCCUUCAAUAUUAGCAGUGCAACAGAACAGCUCGAUCUGAAGCAGUCUGCAGACAUUUUAUUUGCUAUGGCUAGCUUAAACUUCCAAGAUUCUGUGCUAGCGGCGAAAAUAUGCGCCGAUAUACAGGCUGUGCUACCAAAGAAUACGGAAAAGUCUGCAGUCGUUGGAUCCAUUUUAACCAGCUUGGGAAUAAUGAAAUAUCGCGAUUUAGACAUAAUGGAGGCUUUAACUCAGUGGACUUUGAAAAAUUCCGAAAUCUGUCGACCUCAGGAUAUAAGUGCUUUGUUCAUCACUUCAGCCAUACUGAACUUUAAGAGCGCCAAUAUAGAUGACAUUCGCCAAAAAUUAGCCACAUCUAUAGUGAGUGCGGAUUUCCAGAAAAGUAAUGAUUGGCUAAAUCACGUCUGGUCGCUAGCAAUGUUAGGGCUUCUGAAUAACGAGCAGUUGAACACGGUUUUGAGUGCUGAGUUCAUCGGAAAGCUUGAAAAGGAGCGAAAUGGUCUCUCGCCAACCUCCAAAAUGAAACUACUAAAUUUGAAUGGCUAUGCACAACUUUUGACUAGCGACUACAAAGGGUCCCUGCUUCCUGAAGAUAGUACAAUGUACGAUGUACCACUUACACACGCAAAAUCCAAACAAAUUCUAGUAAACGGCAUGUUGGAUGCACUAAAAAGCUUAUUGCCUGCCAGUAACCAUUUGAAAACUUUACAUGACAGUAAAAUGGGUUUCUUAAUUGAUGCGCUUUGUUUAUUUGAUAACAAACGAAACCCAUUACCUGUUGAUAAGGAAAAUCCAAAUGCAAUCAAGGUCGCGCUGAUGGUUGUCGAUUUUCAUGAUAUCUGCCAUGGUACGCAUCGCUCAGCCAGUGGGAUUACGAACCUUAGUUUUGAGCUGUUGGAAAAAAGUGGUUACAAAGUCAUACCGGUGCCCUAUAACGAGUUCAAUACCAGCGACAAACUGCUGAAGCGAGUACAAUAUUUGGAAGCGAAAUUCAAAGCGAUAAUUAGUCAGAAGACUUAAACUGUAUGUCUGUAUGGCGUAAGACAUUAAAAACGCAUAUUGGUGACUAUGCUAUAUGUCACAAAUGGGUCACCUGCUAGAGCUAUACGCUUCUUUGUUUAUUCUUAAAUAAUAUUAAAAAAAAAAAUAUCUUUUAUGCUGUUUAAUAUUUGUUAUGAUCUUUCAAGCACGAAGGCGACAAUACGUGGUGCAUUGUCGUUGCAAAGGAAUUAACACAAACAUUUAGUGAAUGUGAAAUUUAUUUUAAAAAAUAAAAUUUUAAUUUACAAAAUAA